ACCUCAUCCCAUACUACGCAGAAUGGUUCAUUCCCCUAGAUUGGUGUGUGUCCCCCCCCGGGUAAUAGUACGUUCCCAAAAGGACCCUGGCUAGUUUCUUCCAACUGCCUUCGAUGACCCCGGAAGGACUUCUGGGUGGUGACCCGGCAGAGGCGGUGGCGGCCGGGGAGAGGCGGAGGAUCUGGAAGGGGCGGGGGCCCGGGCCCUGGCUGGCGGCAGCAGCCGGAGGCGGAGCCCGAGUGUCCUUAUCGCUGGCGCUGCCGGAGCCUGCCUGGGAGCGGGGCGCCGUCCGAGCCGGGAUCCCGGGCCCGCUGGCCUCGCGGGCAGGCGGCAGAAGGAGGAUGCUGCUGUUCGUGGAGCAGGUAACAUCAAAAGGUACUGGCUUAAAUCCAAAUGCAAAAGUGUGGCAAGAAGAUCCACAGGGAAGCACUGAAGCUGCACCAGUGACCAAUGGCACUGAGCAUUUGUGGCAAGAAACAGCUGCUGCACCAGGAACUCAUAGUGAGGGUAAUGUAGAGAUUGUGGAGGAUAGCUGUAAGCGGUAUGAAGUGAUGUAUUCUCCAUCUUGUGAAGCUACAAGAAAUGGCACUGGUAUUGAGGAAGCAGCUGCUAAUGGAAUGGCCCUGGCAACUGAGGAUCUUGGAUACCAAAUUUAUGAUAUUUCUGGUGAAGGCAGCUCUGCCGUGUCUACAGAAGACCUGAAAGAAUGUUUGAAGAAACGACUCGAAUUCUGCUUCUCACGCGAGAACCUUUCUAAGGAUCUUUACUUGAUGUCUCAAAUGGACAGUGAUCAGUUUGUUCCAAUAUGGACAAUUGCCAACAUGGAAGGAAUUAAGAAGCUGACCACCAAUAUGGACCUUAUUCUUGAAGUAUUGAGAUCUUCCCCUAUGGUACAAGUAGAUGAGAGAGGGGAGAAAGUAAGACCAAACCAUAAGCGAUGCAUUAUUAUUCUUCGUGAGAUCCCUGAAACAACACCUAUAGAGGAGGUUAAGGCGCUGUUUAAAAACGAAAACUGUCCCAGAGUGAUAAGCUGUGAGUUUGCUCACAAUAACAACUGGUACGUUACAUUCCAGUCAGAUACUGAUGCACAACAGGCAUUUAAAUACUUAAGGGAAGAAGUAAAAACCUUUCAGGGCAAGCCAAUAAUGGCAAGGAUAAAAGCCAUCAACACAUUUUUUGCUAAAAAUGGCUACCGGGUAGUGGAUUCCAGUGUGUAUACUCAGCCAGUUCAAACACAAGCACAGUUUGCCUCACCACUGUUUAUGCAGCCUGUAUAUAGUCCUCAGCAGUACUCUAUUUACAGUAUUGUGCCUCCGACUUGGUCUCCAAACCCUGCACCUUACUUUGAAACACCACUGGCCCCUUUUCCUAAUGGUGGAUUCGUGAAUGGCUUUAAUUCACCAGGAUCAUAUAAGACGAAUGCUGCUUCCUUGAGCAUAGGUCGCCCAUUCCAUAGAAACCGUGUGAAGCCUCAUUUCCGAUCAUCAAGCAGCUCGGAACCCUGUGCAGAGGGUACAGCUGUGGUUGGUACAGUGUCGAUGGGGGAUGGACCACUGAACAGAACCAAUGUGAGGAAUUUCGGUAUGGAACGACAUACCAAUACAUUAACAGGACACCAGGAACAAGGCUGUUCUCAGAAGGAUUAUCCCACCUCGCAAAUGGAGCAGAAUGGAGACUACAGUAUUGGCAGGGGCAGGAGGAACUUUUUCAGAGGUCGGAGAAGACGAGAAGAUGACCGUCUUUCACGACCUCAGCCUUCAGCAGAAACAAAGACUCAGACACCAAAGUUUGACUUACUAGCAUCAAAUUUCCCUCCUCUGCCUGGCAGUACAGCAAAAAUACAAGGAGAACCUGUGCUGGAAAGCAGAAUGUCUGACAUUGUUAAAGGAACUGGCAAAGAGAAGGAGAGCAAAGACUUGGCCGUCAGUUGUCCUGCAUCUGCUCAAGAAGAGCAGGCACACAGUCUAGUCCAGCAACCUGUCACAAGUGUGAGCUCACCAAGCAGGGCUGAGGUUCCUGCCCCAAGCACAACUCAGCCAGACAAGAAGCCAGAGGAGGUCUCUGCUCAGAAAGAUGUUAAUAGCCCCACUUCCCCACCUAUGUCUGUACGUCCCCUCAGUGCUGCAAAGCCAUCAAGGACAAAUGCCACUUCAUCUUCUACCAAUGGAAAUGCAGCGCUUACUGUUACAAUACAGGAGCCACGCAAGCUAAGUUACGCUGAAGUCUGCCAGAAACCCCCAAAGGAGCCAACUCCAGUUCCUGUUCAGCCACUUAGGGAGCUUCGUACCAAUGUAGCUCCCCCUGCCAAAAAUGAAGAAAACAGUACUUCUGAGAAGGCUUCAGAGAGGGCCCAUGAGAAGCUCGAAGGCCGGGCAAAGGAUCUUUCUGGGUUCAGAGGCAACGGGCCUCCCAGGGGAGCUGCUGGAAAAAUCAGGGAACAGAGACGCCAGUUUGGACGCAGAUCUUCACCUCAGGGAGCACCUCGGCGUAUCGGCAAGGAGCAGUAUCUGCCACCCCGAUCACCAAAGUAAAACUCGUCCAACUCUUCUCUAUUUAAUUUGAGCUGUGGACUAAAGAGCAGCAAAGGAGAUGGACUAUAAGGAGGAGGUAUUCGGGGAACACGAAUACUGAAUCGGAGUAUGUGGUUUGAGUGGGAGAAGGUGGGGAGGGUCCCAAAAUUCAUCUCUAAAAGUGAUUUCACAAAUGCUGGAGGAUUCCAAUCAAUAUAAAUAUAUAGAGAUUAUAAUUUUUGUAUCUUUUUUUUUUUUUUUUAAUUUGCAGAGUGUUUCCUGCCUGAAAUCAACUUUGAGAUUGUGAAUUAGUGCUUUGACCAGAUGAAAAAAUGAAAUGACAUAAUAACGUCCCUCAGUGUAGAAGGAAGAGGGCAAGAGAAUAUUAUUUUUGGAAGAAAAAAAAAAGCAUUUCUGUAAAAUUAGAACUUACUUUUUUAAACCUAUUUAACGUUUGGCUUGUAGGAUGAUAUGUAUGCCAUUAAUGGCCUUGCAUUGCAAAGCAGAUCCACAACUGAGAUGCUUGGUCGGCGUGCUUGAGUUGCGUGAGUGCAGCCAGAUACUGUUUUGUCAUGACUUAGUCACUGAUGGUAAAAACUGAAUGCACUACUGUAGUAGAACUUUGUGUUUCCAGCUUGAAAUUUAGUCUUUUGACCUUACUAAUAUUUCAUUGAGCAAACGUUUUUUAAACUCAGAUUUUACUGGAGGUCUGAUUCUUGAUCAGACCAUAAGGACAGUAAGAAUAGUCAGUAUCCUAGACACAAGGAGGGGGAGUGGGGGCAUGUUUGGGAUUUUUAAUUUUUCCCUUUUUUUCUGCCAAUUGAGGGCAGCAUUUUAAUUUUUUUUUAUUGCUUAAAUGCUACUUUCUCUAACCCCUUUAUUACAGACUUGUGUGCAUUUAUCUGGUAUGUUUUCCUGAGGCAGGCCCAGUUAAUGGAAGACUGCACAGCAUAUGGUGGUAGUUUCACAUGUGAAGAGCCUGAGCUUUCAUUCCCACUCAUGGAAUUCUGCUUUGCAGGUGGGAGUCUUGAGGGCAGGUUUAAAGUCCUAAAUGGGUCUAAAAUUGAGGCUUUUUAUUUCUUUUGAGACAUUCAACAGUUUGGGGGCAUGGCCAGGUUUCCAUAUAGUGAUUCCCAUUGGUUCUCUGGACUGGUGUUAAGCACUGCUUUAUAGUACAAAUACUAGGGGAAACUCUACAGCAGAUAGUAGCUCCUGAUUUUUUUCAGUUACUUGGAACUAACAGUUUAAAGUGGAACAAAGGCCAUGAGGUUUUAACUUUGUUUCAAAGAGGUUACUUUGACUAAAUUCACAACACUGUUGUGUAGUAGGCCGUUAAGUUUACAAGCUAGUAAUUACCGUAAAGGACUGAAGGAAACAGGAAAAAUACAAUACGUUAAUCUGCCAAAAUAAACAUGCCCAUAUUCUUAGUUCUGUAUAAAGUGUUAAGAAAAGUAGCUCGCAGCAGUAAGAAUUGUACCUGGUUUUUUUUUUUCUUAAGUGAAUAGGACGUGUACAAAUUUAAAGAUGUAAGUUGUGAACACUGGAAUAUUCAGUUGUGAUACAUUCAUUCUAAUGGCAUCACUAGCAUAUAUUACUAAGAUGUUUACGGUAUGUAAGUGGCAGUUAAAAUGACAUUAACUGUGAAAUUUCAUCUUUUGAUUUCUUAGCCAGGUAAUCCUUGGUGAUUUCUUACUCAGUACGCAUUCUCCAUCAACUGCUUUGAGAACUCUUGUAUCUAUUUUUAUAAAUAUAUAUAAAGCCAGAGUUGUCAUUUCUCUAACUUAUUAUUCAGUUUGGCAGUUGCUUUUGAUUUGAUUCAUGAGUCAUAUAUUUAUGCAGUUAACUGUUCAUUUUGUGCAUGUUACUUAUAUAAAAACAAUCAUUACUCACUUUUAAACUGCCUGUAAUGGGUUUAGGAGUUUAAUUUACCAAAAUCAUGGAUCAAAUCUAUAGUUUAAAAAUGCUUACAAACCUGUUUCAAUUUACUUGGAUAAUGCUACAUUUGAUGGAAGUGAUACAAAGAAGUUAAAAUAUUUAAACUGUCAAGAGCUCUGUGAAAUGCAUCAAAUUUCAAAGAAGCUGCUUUUUAUAAAUAAUUUUAUAAACUUAAUUACUGCACUCAAACUGGAAAAUAACAUGUAUUCUGUAUAAUAGUCACCAAUAUUGGGUAGUGUGCACUCUCAUUGCAGCGUGAACAUGUAUUGGAAUUCUAAUAGCAGCCAUAAGCUGGUUGCAGUUAAGAGGAAGAGCUCUUUGGGCAGAGGCUUUUGCAAAUGUACAGUCUCUGGCCUAGCUUGGCUGUACUGGCAUGUUAAUUUUUACCUAUGUGGGCAUCUGCUUUUAAAUCAGUGCAUAGAGCUUGUUGAGCUGAAAGAUAGAACUUGAGUAUUUCUGACAGUUGUAAAGUGUAGCUUUUUCCUUUAUUAGAUGUACAAAAAAAUCCUUACAGCGUAAUCUUUUUUUCUUGUAAGGUGAUUGGAAAAGCUUGACGUGUGGAAGGAAUGUUUUAUGUCUUAAAUGUGCAUUUUCCAGCAACAGGUUAUGGUCUUGUAUAGUGUAUGCAAAUAAAUCUGUAAACUUGUUGGCUUUUUCCAGCAUAUUCUAACUCUAUCAGAUUAGGGAGCUCACCAUAACUAAACUAAUUGAUACUGGUGUGCAAAGAUUUAACAUUAGGAUUCCCCUCCUUCCCCCGCCGCCAUGGACACUUUUUUUGUCUUUUUUGGGGGGGUUGGGGUGGGAAUAAUCAAGUAAAUAUAAAGGCUGUGAAAACAAUAGUUUUGUGUGCAAGUUCUCCUGCAGUACUUGUAUUGCAUGGCAAAUACAUAACAUAGAUGGGCUAGCUGCUACUUCUCAUUCUCCAGUUAUAGUCUCAGGCAAAUUCUUCUCUCUACCCACCAAGUUUUCCUGUUUGACAGACAAUUGGAAACAAGGACAGAAUGACCAUUUGGGAGCCAGAUUCACUGCUGGUGCAUCUCCAUUGACCUCAGUUGAGGUGCAUCAACUUAUUACCAGAGGUAAAACUGGCUCUUGUUCCACAAAAGUUCAUUGAGCUAUUGAAGAUAAUGGAUUCUCAGUGGCUCUCUCCUUGAUAGCUCACCACAUCAGCCAAACAUGCAUUCUUCUACCCUGCUGACUGUAUUUAAAAAAAAACCAAUGAAACAUGCACACACAAAGUGCAGAUCUCAAAUAACUUUUUCACAAACUGUCACUUGUUUCCAAAAUUAGUCUGUUUUAUUUUGUUAGCUACAAAGGUGUAUUCCCCUAGUUAAACUUCUUCCACUUUAUCUGUGGAAAAGAUUGGGCCAUUUUUUUGUAUUUCUGGGGAGGGGAAGGAGGGACUAUUUGCAUGUGAUUGUAAAAUUAAAAAGUGCAAAAGUUUGUUUAAUUUCUAAAAUUGUUAGUUUUAUAGCAUCUUACAUUCCUGCUAUCUUUGUUUAAAAAAAAAUUACCAAGUUAGCUUGGCACAGUAUGAUGGUGCAGUUUUAGCAGUAGGUAAAAUAAAGUAACCCAUCCUAACCAGAAGAGAACAAGGAUGAUAUUGUGGCAGAUCAGUAGCAAUUAAGUGACUUAAUCAAUGCUUUACUGUAGUUAAAUAGCUAUGGCCUUACUACUUUGUCAAUAUCCACUUAAAUAUCUUGAAAAUGUCCACUGUUUUUACCGUUACCCAAGUGAACGUUCACUUGGGAUAAAAUCUGUGUACAGGCAAUAUUUUAAACUUGUAAAAUGAACCAUUGUAUUACAGACAAGAUGCAACAGAAAUGCACUUAGGAGGAAAAUUUGCUUCUGAUGAGUUUGUUUUGUAAAUCCUUGAUUGCAACAGAUAUGCAAAUAGACUUUUAGUUUCUAAUUUUUGAUAUUUCCUUCUGAAAUAAGAUUGUUGCCAUUAAUCUGAAUGAUUUAUCAUGCUCUUCUUGUUUGUGUAUAUAUAUAUAUUACAUCUAGUCUGAGCUUCCUUUAGGAUGGUAAAUGAUUUUGUUUUAGUUUUUUUUAGAUGGCUUUUCUAUUAAGUGUCCCUAGCAUAGACACUUCAAGAGGUCAAAUGAGUCUGGUUUUAAUAUACUGUUGGGAGGACUUGAAAGGAGUUAAAGAUUAUUUCUGAAAAAUUCAUCUGCAAACUAACCUGUAACAACCUUCAAUUUUAUAUUUAAGAACCAGAGUUUUAUUUUUAUGGCGCUUCAGUUAUGGAUACAAUAUAAAAAAAACAACUUCACAUGUAAACAGAUUGUGCACAAAUGGCUUUUGUUCUAAUUUUUAUAAAAUACAAAAUAUGCAGAUAAUAUAUUGAGUUUAAGUGACUAUUGACAUCUCGCUCCUCCCAGACAAUUCUGACAUUCCCUUGGCAUGUAUGAUCUCUCUCCAAAGUGGUAGGGCUUCAGUGAAAGAAGAAAAAACGCAACUUAUCUGGCUUCUUUACUCUGUCCAUUGUCAAAACUGUCCAAAACAAUUUCUGUAAAAUAGGUUCAUGCUUUAAAUGUUAAAAUGAUAAUACAUGUAUUUGUAUUUCUGUUUUUGACAUUGACAUUGCCAAGGUGCUAUGGGAAAUUGAAAUAAAAGUUAGAAAAAUAAAGCUGAUUUAAAGAA